AUGGAGGAAGAGAUCACUGUACACAAGCCCAAUUAUCUUUUUUCUUCUGUGAAAAAUGAUGUGCUUAGCUAUGUUGUCAGUACAAUCACUUCAGUUCCUCCGUCGUGGGUGGUGGAGCCUCAAGAUGUUGCGGUCAUAGGAGGGGAAGAAGUGGCACUAGAGUGUCACGCUCAAGGCACACCUCCACCCAUAGUCACUUGGAAGAGAACCACAGAUGGUGGUGGGACGGAAGAAUCUUCAGCUUUGGUGGGUGACGGAUGGAGGCUGCAGACACCACUAGCCGGCUCUCUCAGGAUCCGAGACGCCCGAGCUGAGGACAGUGGGCGUUACCUUUGUCACGCUAAUAACGGUGUAAAUCCGGCCAUCUCCAAGACAAUAUCGCUCUCUGUCCUGGAGGGCGCCCGCAUAGAGGAACGUGUGGUAAAUGAGUCUGUCGCUGUGGGUGAGAGUCUAGCUUUGAGAUGUGCAGCCAGGGGAGACUUGCCUCUCGCCUUCACCUGGGCCCGGGAUGCUGCUCCCAUACCGGGUGGAGGAUCAUCAGAGAUGGAAGUGAGGAUGGAGGAGGCUGGGAAAGUCUCAGUCUUGAUGAUUACUUCCAUCAGCCGCGCCCACGCUGCCGUCUACACCUGCCAGGCAUCCAACCGCUACGGUGCUGAUUCAAGAACUUUCUUCGUCAAUGUUGUUGACGUUAGAAGAUUAAACAAAACCUACAAAUAUGGUCACCGACGCUCAGUAAUUCAGACAUUUGAAAUACUCAGGGAAGUUAUCCCAGAAAAAUACAAGUUUGGAAGUUAUCUCCACCAUCUCUAA